AUGCUGCGCCAAGCCCUCUCCACAUCGUCCAGAGCGUUGCGCUCUCUCCCCCGGCUCGCCGCCGCCCAGCCUCGGCCGUCGCCAAAGUUCCCCAGCAGCCCAACCGCCUGGUCGUCGAGAACCGCACAGCCCGCCGCCAGCAGAUGGUACAGCGAGGCAAAGGAACCGCCCCGCGAGGCCGACAAGGAAGCCCCGGUCAAGGAGCAAGCCGGCGAGGCUGGCGCCGACGCCGACGCCGACGCCGGCGUCGUGGCCGAGCUGAAGAAGUCGCUCGAGGCCAAGGAAGCCGAAGCCCGCGACUGGAAGGACAAGUGCAUGCGCACCGUUGCCGACUUCCGCAACCUGCAAGAUCGCACGCAGCGCGAAAUCAAGAGCGCGCGCGAGUUCGCCAUCCAAAAGUUCGCAAAGGACCUGGUCGAGAGCGUCGACAACCUGGACCGCGCGCUGGCCAUGGUCCCUGCCGACAAGGUGGCUGCCAGGGACGAGGCGACGCAGGACCUCGUCAACCUGUACGACGGGCUCAAGAUGACCGAGGAGAUUCUCAUGCAGACGCUCGCCAAGCACGGCCUCGAGAGGCUGGACCCCGACGGCCAAAAGUUCAACCCCAACGAGCACGAGGCCACCUUUAUGGCCGCCCAGCCCGACAAGGAGAACAACCUCGUCUUCCACGUCCAGCAAAAGGGCUUCAAGCUCAACGGCCGCGUUUUACGCGCCGCCAAGGUCGGCGUCGUCAAGAAUGCCUGA